CUUUUCGUCAGUUGUGUAGUAGUUUGAGGCGGCCCUCCUUAACGCUGCUCGACUCAGUGAAGUCAUUUUUCCCAAGCUUACCCUAGGAAUCCGGUGUUCCAAUACUCAGAUAUUGGAGCACGGCUCUUCCUAGUUUCAGGAGCCGUAUCCGGCUUCGGACAUUACAACUAUACUAUCCUGAACUUUUUUCCAUUCCUAUAUUCUUUAUGAAGUUCGGGAUUAAACGUUUAUAAAAUGGCAUUUGGAACAGUUCGGUGGUCGAACUGUAUACUCCCAUUAUUACUAUGGGUGAUAGGAACAGCGGCUCAAGAGAAGACAUCAUGCAGCUUCAAAGGAGAUAUUGUUCUAGAUGGACAGAUUGUGAAAGGUCAAGACCGCUGUUCAGAAUGUGUUUGCAAGUCAGGGGUAAUCUCAUGUUAUCAAGUGGAUGAAUGCAACAUCGAAGAAACAAAUAGACAAGUUGGAGAUUCAGUCAGGGAAGUUGAGGCUUCCGGACACCAAGGACAGCCGGGUUAUUCAGGAUUCGUGGGUAAAACAGGAGCGAUGGGGCCAACAGGACGUAAUGGAGCCAACGGUGUGCCGGGGUCCCCCGGAUCACCAGGUGUUCCCCAGACGCAAGCUGAUGAGGCAUUCAUGCAUUGGGCACAGGCCUACCCACAAAAGGCUGGCGGGUACGCCCAGGGACCACGAUACCUGCAGGCCAAUAUCGGACCAUCUGGACCCCGCGGACCAACAGGACCCCCGGGACAGCCCGGACCACAAGGUCUGACCGGUAUUCGGGGAGAGCCAGGUGAUGCCGGACAAGCGGGAUCACACGGCCAGCGAGGACCGCCUGGGCCUGCUGGGUUACCCGGACCCAAUGGAGAUUCUGGACGUAAUGGCGAGACUGGACCACGUGGAACUGCCGGAAGGAAGGGACCCACCGGACCAGCCGGAACUCCAGGAAUUCCCGGCGGAAAGGGACAUCGGGGUUUCCAUGGUGUGUCGGGGCCUUCAGGUGAACAGGGAAUGCCAGGAGAUAAGGGAGAGACCGGUCCCCCAGGACCCGCAGGUCCUCCGGGUGUACAAGGAUCACGUGGUAUGGCCGGGGACAGAGGAAGGGACGGAAACGACGGACAACCGGGUUUGAGAGGAGUUGAUGGACUUCCGGGAACUCCUGGCGCUCCUGGUCCCGUCGGAAACGUUGGGCCACCAGGUAUUCCAGGGAAGCCAGGAUCAAAGGGAGAGGCAGGUUCCUCAGGACCCAAGGGAGCCAUGGGUCUACAAGGAUCUCGGGGAGACAGUGGAAACCCAGGUCCGUCAGGAGAGUCCGGAGCUACGGGUCCCAACGGUCUUCCAGGAAGUAACGGCGAGAAGGGAGCAUACGGAGAGCCAGGACCUUCCGGCCCACCAGGAUUUCCAGGACCACGUGGUGCACAAGGUUUUGGCGGAAGUCCAGGACCUAUUGGACCAAAAGGAUCAUCGGGUCAACCUGGAUCAAUGGGUAUGAAAGGAGGUUCAGGCCAGCGUGGUUCACCAGGACCUAUUGGAGAAAGGGGUAUCCAGGGGUCCCCUGGACACGAGGGCAAGCGGGGACAACGUGGAGUGGUUGGAGAGCUUGGAGCUGCAGGACCCCAGGGAGAACGAGGACCACCAGGACAGCGAGGAAUGCCAGGACCUACUGGGGAGCCAGGAAACUUUGGAGAGGAUGGAUCCCCCGGACAAAGGGGACGCCGCGGAAACUCUGGACCAAUGGGCGAGCCCGGACGUCAAGGAACACCCGGAUUACGUGGAAGCAGAGGACCAUCAGGUAUGGUUGGAUUAGAUGGAAUUCCAGGGCGUGCAGGAAACCAGGGUGUACCCGGAAAUGACGGAAGCCCUGGAGAAAUGGGACCUCCAGGUAUCCCCGGACCAGCCGGACCUCAGGGACCACAGGGACCCACAGGAGAGCGAGGAACCCCGGGUAAUGACGGUAACCAUGGUGGGCAGGGUAGCCGAGGUCCGGCCGGAGAUGCUGGACCCCCUGGAGAAAUGGGACCAUACGGACCCCCGGGCCCAAUCGGAGAAGCAGGAGAAAGAGGACCAGCUGGAAACUCCGGACAGCAAGGCUACCAGGGAGCACCAGGAUUGCCUGGACCACCUGGUGAGUCAGGAAAACCCGGAGAACAAGGAGAGCCUGGUAAUCAAGGCCGAGACGGACGUCCCGGAGCUCCUGGAGAGAGAGGUUUCCCAGGUGAACAAGGGCCUCCAGGAGUAUCUGGAGAACCGGGAAAGGCAGGACCAGAGGGCCCGACGGGAAGGGCAGGAGAAAGGGGACCACCCGGACCAGAAGGUGAGAAGGGAGAGCUCGGACCAACCGGAGUACUGGGACCUCAAGGUCAGCGAGGAAAACGUGGAGCACCAGGAGAGCAGGGAGAACCCGGCGACCCUGGUCCUUUUGGCCCUGACGGACCCACUGGCCGUUCCGGAGAGCCUGGACCACCUGGUAAAUCUGGAGAGGUCGGAUCCCCUGGACCAGCCGCACCAAAGGGAGAGGCUGGAGACCCAGGAUUCGAAGGGGAGAAAGGUUCAAGAGGAACACCUGGAGAUAGAGGUCCGAUUGGACUCGCAGGACCUGACGGAUUAACAGGAAUGCCAGGAAACGCAGGACCAAAUGGUCCAAAGGGACAGCAAGGAUAUCCCGGAGAAAAAGGAGACCAAGGAGAUGCUGGUGAUGCCGGAAUAAGCGGACCACCUGGAGCUAGGGGUUUAAGAGGAUUAGACGGCGCUAAGGGCGUGCGAGGAGAGCAAGGUUCUCCUGGUCUGCCUGGUCCGCCAGGACCGAACGGCCGUUCAGGCCCAAUGGGACCCCAGGGCAAUCAGGGAGAGACUGGGGAUGCAGGCGUGCCUGGUGGUGAUGGAAUCAAGGGAACUCGUGGAGAGAACGGACGAAUGGGCUAUACUGGUGAGGCUGGAGCUGCUGGUACACCAGGAGAAGCAGGACAGAAGGGAUCCCGCGGGGAAGACGGAGAUACUGGUCCUGUUGGACCACUAGGGCCACUGGGACCAGCCGGUGAGAGAGGCCAGCCCGGUAUCCAAGGAAUUAGGGGAGAGAGGGGUCCAAUGGGACCUUUAGGACCACCGGGCAGUCAAGGAUCCCCCGGACGUGAAGGCCAGGACGGACAUCCAGGUAAACCCGGACCAAGAGGAUUGGCUGGAUCUCCUGGGCCAGUAGGAGAACCUGGUCUCUCGGGAUCCCCCGGUGCGGACGGCACACCUGGUAUUUCAGGCAGAGUUGGAGAGCAAGGAUCAGAUGGUGACAUGGGCAUGCCCGGACCGAUGGGACUCAUGGGAUUCCCCGGCCCUGCCGGACCACCCGGAUCCCCAGGACCUGCCGGAGACCGAGGAGUCAGAGGUGAGAAUGGACCAGAUGGAUCUCGAGGUGCUCAGGGGCCACGUGGACCACCAGGCCCAUACGGACAACAAGGAGUGGGAGGAGAAAAGGGAGAUGAUGGUCUCGGAGGAGACAAGGGAGACCCUGGUCUGAUUGGUAUGCCUGGACUUCCAGGACCAGAGGGACCACCGGGUGACCAAGGACGUUUUGGCCCUCCAGGCCCGCAGGGACAGCAGGGGCCUGAUGGGCAACGUGGACAUCCUGGUAGGGCAGGUAACAAUGGUGAAAUUGGAUCACCAGGACCAAUGGGAUCACGUGGAAACCAGGGAGAAGAUGGCCGAGCCGGUGUGAUGGGAAAUGCUGGUAUGCCAGGACCCCCAGGAGAGCCGGGACGUUCCAUCUACAGCCAGGCAAUCACUGGAUGGUUUAGCCGUUCCAGCCUGAAGGGAAUACAAGGAGACGAACCAUUGACUGAUUCACAAACCAACAUUGUGGCCUAUCUAAACAACAUUGGAGAAGAGCUGCAGAAAAUUACUCACCCACGUGGUGAAGAGGAUUCUCCUUAUGCUAGGACUUGCAUGGACCUCCGCGUGCUGAACCCAGAUUUGAAAAACGGACUGUAUUGGAUUGAUCCCAAUGGCGGUGUCACCUCAGACAAGAUCCAGGUCUACUGUGAUUUCCGGAAGAAGACAUACACCUGCGUUAGGCCAAUGUAUGAUAUCUAUGAGAACCAGCAAUUAACAAAAGAGGAAGGAGAGGAUUAUGCUUUGUUUGCCCAUAAGACAAUCAAGGGCAGAGAGCUGGAGUACAAGUCAAACAGGGUUCAGCUUAAGUUCCUGCAGAAGGUCAGCUCCAAAGCCCUCCAGACGAUUGUGUACAAGUGUAGGAACACUGUUGCCUACUUUAACCGGGCCGAGGACGCCUACAACAAAGCUAUCAAACUUAUCACCUUUGACGACACCGACCUUGGUGCCCAGGGCAGGAAGAAGUACAGAUAUAAGGUCGUCAGGGAUGGUUGUGACAUGUCUUCCGACAAGUGGGGAGAGACUGUUCUCGAGGUUAACACAAAGAAGACAGAGAGGUUGCCAAUCAUUGAUAUAGGCAUCGCAGAUAUUGGAAAGGCAAACCAGGAGUUCAAGGUUGAAGUGGGGCCUGUGUGUUUCACUCACGAAAUUUAAUUUUAUAAAUGUAUGUAGUUUACAAUUGAAAAAACCCGAUUUUGGACAAUUAAUGUGUUUAGAUAAUCAUAUAUUAUUUUGAAGCAUACUGUUAUCGCUCAAAAUUGUUUUACUUGAAAAUGACAUACUUGUGAAAACAUUUUAUACCUUUUUUUCUAAAUGAAAUGACGCCGCAUAUAAAAAAUUGCUUUAUUGUAGGGAUUUAUUUUUCUGUACGGGGUGGGACCAUUUGUUAUCAUCAUUGGGUUGGUUUAUUGAAAUAUAAAACAUGUUGGAUGCUUGUGUGUGUGGGACCAUUCCUUUGUUGUUUUCCUUUAUCAGAGAAAGAUAAUAUAUCACGUGACAGGAUGUGUAAUGUAUCCUGUGUAUGAAAGUUGCCAUGGAGGAUGACGAUACGUGACGUCAUCGUUAGGUGUACCACCUGCGGUUUGCCAUGAUACCGCCCCCGAUGACGUCACGUUUCAGACCUUGUAUUUUUAUCUGUGAUAUACAGCUUACACUGCCAUGAUUUCAAGUACUAAAAGCUAUAAACACUAUCAGACGUCUGAAAGCUGUAAUUUCAUUGGUCAUUAACAUUAUCAUUAUUCAAGUUGUCUGACGGUAUUUUGUAUUAUAUCAUGACACUUGCUUGUCUGACCCUUUUCUUAAAUAAAAAUGAGAAAAAAUGACAAAA